AUGCCAUUCAGUUCUAAAAAUAUAGAAACAUCAGGAACAAAAUUCUUGUAACAUAAAAAUCAUCGUAUAAUCACCAGCUAAGUGUCUAUAAGAAGAUCUGAUUUGUGUUUUUUAUAUUAAUCCAAGAUGAAUCAAUGCUGCAUUUUAUAUAAAUCAAAUCUUCACAUAACAUAACGGUUACCUAUAGUUUUAUGAUGUACAUGUACUUACAGUGAAAACCAUGGAACUUGUUUCACACCUUUCUGUUUUACGGAAAGCGCCAUAGCGUACCACGUGCGAUCACACACUUCACUAUCUCUCAUUAACUAUUUUAAACGUUGUGUUGAUCAAUUGAACACACAUGCGUACACAUACAAUAGAGAAGUCACCGACUUGACACUACAAAGUGAACAGAGAACAGGUUAUCAAAUAUUUUUGAAAAUAUGGCGAAACAAAUACGAAUGGUAUUAAUAGACCUGAGUGGAACGUUGCAUAUUGAUAAUACAGUGAUUCCUGGCGCGGUAGAAGCUUUAAUCAGGCUCAGGAGUUCUAACAUACCAUUAAAAUUCGUGACAAAUACAACGAAAGAAUCCGGAAAGUUUCUGCACAAACGAUUGACGAGCCUUGGUUUCGAUAUUCAGAAAGAAGAGAUCUUCAGUUCUUUGGCUGCCGCAAGAAAAUUAAUCGUUUCUAGAAAGUUGAAUCCGAUGUUGUUGAUUGAUCAAGCAGCCAAUGAAGAUUUCGAGGAUUUAGUAAAGAACGAUGAAAAGGCUAACGCUGUAGUGGUUGGAUUAGCACCAGACAAAUUCCAUUAUGAUGAAUUGAACAAAGCUUUUAGAUUGUUGUUAGACGGUGCCCCGCUCAUAGCGAUUCACAAAGGCCGAUAUUAUAAACGGCCGGAUGGUUUAGCCCUGGGGCCAGGCGCAUUCAUUUCAGGUUUGGAAUACUCUGCUAACGUCAAAGCUGAAGUUGUCGGCAAACCUAGCGCGGAAUUUUUCAAAGCAGCUUUGGGAGAUGUACCCCCGGAAGAAGCCGUUAUGAUUGGCGAUGAUGUUAAAGAUGAUAUAGCUGGAGCACAAGCAACUGGUAUUAGAGGUCUUCUAGUGCAAACAGGAAAAUACAGAGAAGGAGAUGAAAACACAAUUACACCAUUGCCCACAGAAGUGUGUAAAUCUUUUGUGGAAGCUGUAGAGUAUAUUCUUAAAACUAAGAUUUAAGAAUUAUAAUUCUGUACAUGUUUACAAAGGAUUGAAGGAAUUAUAAGGCUAUUCUGUAUUAAAUUAGAUGUUUUAUUUAAAUAUUAAUAAUUC